AUGCCGCUGCCUGAUUACCCGGUCCACAUCAGGCAUUCAGGAUUGGUCUCUGGCUUAACCGCCUUUGGUGCUGUUUUUCCCGAUGCAUCGGUUUCCCACGGAGUCCCGGAUCCCGCCGGGUCCGCCAGGCCUUCUCAACGGUCCCGUCCCGCCUGCCGAUUGACGUGGGAAGUAUCUGCAUCGUCAAGCAAUCCUGCACGCCGCCGACGGACCCUCGCCCUCGCCCUCCCCACCUCAAAGAAUCCAACCAGAAGGUUGCGGGCUCGUGGUUCCACGCUAAAGAGGACACAGCCACAGGGGAAGCACGAUUUUGACGUGUUCCCGUGUCCUGAGAGUGCGUUGACUGCGUCGUAUACCUUUGUUCUGCCCCACCUUAGAAUACCAGAAUACGGCCCCUCUGCCCAACCCCUGAGCAGUGAGCACGCCAGUGGCCGCGACACGAACAUUGAGGCAUGA